CAGGACUGCUCCGAGACCCGCACGAUAACGAGGCCUCAGUUCUUCACUGUCCCGCCAGGCACUGUCUGCUUCCAGUGCGACUUUGGCAGUGGAGUGGCCGCAGAUUCCGUCUUCCAGUUGGACAACUCGGCAGUGGGGGAGGAAGCUGGGACGGUGCAGAACGGAGUCCUCGCUAUCUUUUCUGCGGAAAACGUAUUCCAAACUACAAUUCCUACAUCUUUGUCUUGCAUCAGUGGAAACACAAGACUAACUGCAUACAUUUUCUUGGAAAGCCUUGCACCUCCGCAAGUGCCUAGUGCAGUGUCAGUGAGA